AUGGAUUCUACAGUCUACUCUACUCCUCCUACAAACAGCAUCUCACUCGCUGAGGCAAUCAAAAUUGCAGAAGCACGUUUUGAAGCUGCGGUUCAAGGCUGCAAGGAUGACUGGCAUAACGGCAAUGAUCUGGUCAUUCUCCAAGACAACAUUCCACAGCUCUUUGGGGGUAUCCUGGUAGAGCAUUUUAAACGCUGUGUGGGCGAAGUUUGUGGGUUUCCCGUCGAACUCACUGUUAUGGAUGGCGGAGACAACUACCAUACUUUGGUACAGAUGCCGAAGAACAACAUGCGCUCACCUCAAGUUGUAUCAAGCCCCCAAUCAGCCCAGACAUCGCCUUCUGAGCAAACCUCAAUUAACCUGAAAGCCGUUGCUGCUGGCCUGAAAAAGGCUCCCCGCCCGAUGAACUGUUGGAUUAUUUUCCGAGAUGCAAUGCACAAGCAUCUAAAGGCCGAAUUCCCACACCUCACUAUUCAAGAGAUCUCUACGCGUUGCUCUCACAUUUGGCACAACCUCUCUCCUGAAGCCAAAAAGCCCUGGCAGGACGCUGCCCAAUCUGCAAAAGAAGAACACCUCCGCCAGCACCCCAAUUACAAGUACACUCCAAGGAAGCCUGGCGAGAAGAAAAAACGUCAAUCACGCAAGUCGAAGCGAGCUGCAGCCAUGACCACGGCUCCAGAAGUGCUCCAAUUCCAGCUGUCCCCCAAGUUAAUCCCGACAGUACCUGAGGUUACGGACGAGCCACCGCUUGCUGCAAACCCUGUCACUGCUAAUGGAAAUAACGCCUGUCCUGAAGAUGUCUCAAACUGCUUCGAUCCCAAUGUCUUCCCAGAGAUAUAUCCGGAGGCUCCUAUGGCUGCCGACUUUUUCUACAACGCUGAGUCAAUCCGCCAUAGCCUACUCGAUACGGAGUUCGAUAUUGACUUCAACAUGGAUACUACUUUCGCCUUAUUCGAUGAUGAGAUGCUUGCCUUUCGCGAUGGCGCAGACGGAGAUGCAACUUUGCCGUCCUUGUUCGAAGACACCUACUAA